AUGUGGCGUCAGCAUUUGGCCAGCGCCCGCCGGCCGUUAUCCUCCUCGACCUCUUUGACGACAUCUCCAUCCCCUCUUCGCCGAUAUGCUUCCAAUAUAGCGAUUUGCAGCCCUCCCCCAUUGUCCCUCCAUAUCCCCGCCAAAACCGCUAGAAAACCCCCCUCCUCAACCCGCCGCAUCAUAAUUCACACCGCCCCCUUCGAGCCCCUCCGUCCUCCUCCUCCCUCAGCCCUCGGUGACCCUCGCCCCGCCCGCAGCUUCCGCCGCACUCGACGCUGGCUACGCCGCCUAAUUAUUGUUUCAUCGCUGCUCGGAACAGGCUACCUCAUCGACCGGUACCUCUACGCCUCGGGCAUCGCGCGCUCCCUGCGCACCUUCGGCACCGGCCUGCUCGUCGCAGCCGACUACAAGCUCAAUUUCCGUCCCGAGCCAUUGCCGCUGAUCGGCGCAAAGGGCGGGAUACCCGAGUUACACCGGCGCUCUGCGGAGAGACUGUUUGUUUUACUCAGACAGAAUGGAGGAUUGUAUCUGAAGAUAGGGCAGGCGAUCGCCAUGCAGAGCGCGGUAUUGCCUCCGGAGUUUCAGAGGAUGUUCGCGAGGAUGUUUGAUGAUGCGCCACAGGAUGAGUGGGAGGCUGUGGAGAGAGUGAUUAUGGAGGAUUUUGGGAAGAGUGUGGAGGAGGUGUUUGGAGUGAGUUUUGCGGGGGCUGAAGGAAAGGGGGUGAUGGAGAGGACGGCUAGGGCGAGUGCCAGUGUUGCGCAAGUGCACUGGGCAAGGUUGCCUGAUGGGAGGGAGGUCGCAGUGAAGAUUCAGAAGCCGGAGAUUAAGAAGCAGAUUUGGUGGGACUUGUGGGCUUUCAAAGUGGUCGCCAAAGUCUACAGCUGGUGGUUCGACCUCCCGUUAUACCAGCUAGUCCCGUUCAUUACAGAGCGGUUGAUGCUAGAAACAGACUUUGAGAACGAAGCUAAGAACUCAGAGAUCAUGCGCGAUCUCAUUAACAAAGAGCCGAGCCUACGCGGGAGGGUCUAUAUUCCACCUGUGUAUCCAGAGCUGAGUUCCAAGCGGGUGCUCACCACCGAAUGGAUCGAGGGAGUUAGGCUAUGGGAUAAGGAGGCUCUGACUAGGCCGUGGUAUGGAGGGUACGGAAACGGCUCUCCAGGUGUUCAUGGCACCUUAUUGCCAGCACCAGAUAUGGAAGCUAUUCGGCGGGAGCUGCGUGAGAACCCACACAGUCAGAAACUGAAGCCCGAGAGGACGGAAUGGAAAGGGCGUCGUGGGAGGGGAGGUUUGGGCGUUUCGACCAAGGACGUCAUGACCACAAUGAUUGACCUCUUUUCUGCCCAGAUAUUCAAAUGGGGUGUUGUUCAUUGCGAUCCGCACCCUGGAAACAUCUUCAUCCGCCGCCUUCCCAACGGCAAGCCCGAGAUCGUCCUCAUCGACCACGGCCUCUACAUCUACAUGAGCGACAAGUUCCGCCACGAGUACAGCCUCUUCUGGAAAGCGCUCAUGACCUUCGACAACCAAAAGAUCGCGGAAAUCACCCGCGAGUGGGGGAUCAAGGCAGCCGACCUAUUCGCCUCAGCCACGCUUAUGCGGCCUUACGAAGGCGGCACGCAGCAGCUGCAGGAGGAGAUUGUCGGCGCGCUCGAUGAUCAAAAGACGGCUAGCCAGCGGCACUACGAGAUGCAACAGCGCAUGAAGCAGGGGAUACGGGAUGUCCUAGCGGACGAGGAUAAGUGGCCGAAGGAGUUGAUCUUUAUUGGAAGGAAUAUGAGGAUCGUGCAGGGGAAUAAUGCGUUUAUGGGAUCACCGGUGAACAGGAUUAAGAUGAUGGGCGAGUGGGCUAGCCGCUCGCUGUAUCAGGAUCCGAAUCUACCUCUGCGGCAGAGGGUUGCGAAUAUUUGGAACCAUCUGGUGUUCAAGAUGGUGUUGAUCAUGUCGGAUGUAGCAUUCUACUUCUUCUGGCUGAAACAGCUACUUGGCCGGGGGAGGGGAAUGGAAGACGAGGUGGAGGAGAGGUUGAAGAGCGUGGCCAGAGAGUUUGGCGUGGAGUUACAGCAUGAUGUCUUUGAGGGAUGA